AUGUACCAACCAAUUAACUCAUUUGGAUUAGUUCGUGUGGAUAUUCAAAAAGAUCCAGCAGUUCUAAAUGCAAUUGGCCAGGCUAUUAGCUCGAAAAUCCAAAGUUGGGGCAGCAUCUUGAACAGUUUACUUGCACUUAAGAGCUCAUACAAAACUGUGAAUAUCAAUUAUGGUGGUAGUAGUGGAAGUAGCAGUAGCAGCAGUGGAAGCAGUGGCAGUGGAAGUAGCAGUGGAAGUAGCAGUUACACUUACAACGCCAUUCCCUUGUACAGAAAGACAAUCAAUGUCAACUAUGGAUCAGCUCCAAUCUCAAAUACAAUCGAAGAUUCAAGUGAUGAUGCAUCACCAACAACAUCUUCCAGCUCAGUAGGUGCAGUUGGACAGACGUUCUACACAGCAACGAAGGUUAUUGGAGGUGUCGCUGCCUCAGCUCCAGCAUCAGCCUCUGUUUCAGCAUCAGCGAGUUCUGAUUCUGCUUCAGUGGCGUCGCCAAAUAGUGUUGGUUAUUCGUAUAGAAAGACCAUUGGUUGA